AUGGCAGCUUCUACUUCCAAGACUCCCAAAAAGAACAUCAAGAAUACCUUAACACAUACUUUACAAAAAUGGAAGGAAACAUUAAAGAAAAUUACUCACGAAACGUUGAGUAGUAUUGAUGACUCUAGCGGAAGCGAUGAGAAAAUAGAGGCUCUGUUCACUGUGUCUCAACCUGCAGUUGUAGCCUCAAAGGGUACAGACAGAGAUAGUGGUGCUUCUAUGUCGCAGGUAGGGGGAGGAGUCAAUAGUACAUUAGAGAUGAAGCUCACGGAUGAAAGUGAGGAAUCUAGCUCUGCUAAUAACACAACCACAACUGCCUCGCAUACUUUAUCGAAUUCGAAGAAGUCGGUACAGAAUUUCGAAAACUAUAACGUAGUGGAAGAACGCAUAAAAUUAGCUCAAAUAAGUAAGGCGCCGUUUUGUAAUGCUGAAAAAAUCUGGAAACGAAGAAGACAGCUCUGGACGCAACCCACAGAACAGAGCGAAAGUGCUAAUAAUGACGGAGCUACUCGAAGGGAGAUUUUUCAAGCCAUACCUCAGGAAUAUUAUGCUCGUGUUUACAAGAAACUGGUCGUGGAUGAUAAACCAUUGAGAGAGCCAUUAAACCUGGAAGAUGCUUUGCAAGUCAUAAAUGCAGGCUGGACGGAAACAAGAAAGUGGGCUAAUGCUGCCAAGGGCAUGCCAUGA